CAUAUGUACAAUUACUGAUAAUAUUGUCCUCAUAUUAAGUUUUAAUUAAUGGCCUUUCCAACCGAUGCUAAGUCAGCCAUGAUCAGUGUCCAAGAGCUCAUCAAAGAGCCCUUGACGUUGAUCCCACAACAAUACAUUCGUUUUGGUGAUCAAGAACCUUCAACUACUAUUCUCUUUGAUCGUUCAAAUCUCUUGCCUACUCUGCCAAUUCUUGACAUGAAACAAUUGGAGUCGGGUUCUGAGCUUCAGAAACUGCAUUUGGCCUGCAAAGAUUGGGGUUUCUUUCAGGUGGUGAACCAUGGUGUAAGUUGUUCAUUAAUGGAGAAACUGAGGUACGAGAUUGAAGAGUUUUACAAGCUUCCUAUGGAGGAGAAAGUCAAGUACAAGAUGAGGCCAGCAGAUCUUGAAGGGUUCGUAAACGUCGCCCGAAGAGAAGGAAAACUUGAUUGGGGUGAUGGUUUCUAUAUGACAACCAAUCCCAUCACCAGAAGAAAACCAUACCUCUUUCCAGAGCUCCCUUCAUCCUUAAGGAAUACGUUAGAGCGUUAUAUAACCGAGUUGCAAGAACUGGGCAUGAGACUUCUUGGGGUUAUGGCGAGGGCUCUGAAGAUAGAGAGGGAGGAAGUGGUAGAGUUGUUUGAAGAUGGGAUGCAAUCGGUGAGGAUGACUUAUUACCCUAAAUGCCCACAACCAGAGCUGGUUAUGGGGUUUACGCCUCAUUCCGAUGCGACCGGAAUCACCAUUCUUAACCAGCUUAAUGGGGUGGAUGGUCUUGAGAUUAUGAAAGAUGGGGUUUGGAUUCCUGUGAAUUUUCAACCAGAUGCCUUUGUUGUAAAUGUAGGAGACAUAUUAGAGAUUUUAAGCAAUGGGAUCUACAGCAGCAUAGAGCACAGGGCCAUGGUGAAUUCAAUGAAAGAAAGGAUCUCCAUAGCCUUCUUCAUGAACCCUAAAUUUGAGGCUGAUAUUGGACCCAUUUCAAGUCUAAUCAAUUCACAAAACCCCCCAUUAUUCAAGAAAAUAGGGAUAGAGCAGUACAUCAAAGAUGCCGCCUCUCGCAAGGUCUACAGAAAAUCUCUUCUAGAGCGCAUAAAAAUCAAAAUUGAUCAGGAGUCACAAGAUGGAUGAUACCAGUUGAUAUUAUCCUGCACUGUUGACUCAGCUGUCCAGUGAACAUGUUGUGGUGUGGGUCGUGGGGGUUGAAAUAAAGUCAUAUUUACGUGGUGUGCUUUUAUGUUUCACACGACCAGCAAGUCAAAGGAGUGCGAACCCAAUUUCAUAUCAAAUACAAAUUGUUUCAAUCUCUUUCGCGAUUUUAAAUUUCACAGAAAUUACUGUCUACAGUAGAUUGUGUUGCUUUAGACCAAAUUGCACAUUGUUGAUCUUAAUUAUUUUCAUGUAACCGAUCUAAAAUAAGUGGGAUUAAGUCGUA